CCGAGGAAAACAUAAUGAAACGGUAAAUAAAUAGUGAUAAUCUGCAGAAGGUGAGGGUGCAUUGUUUCACCAUGGGGUUCAAUAUUGUGAGAAGCACUUCUACUCCUCUCUCACUCUGUUCAACCAAAUCCAAAUCCAAGUCCAUUUUCUCAUCUCUCCUUCGUUCUCACCACCCCACAUCUUUCUCCACUAUUUUCCCCACAAAGCCCAUUGCUUCUCCCACUAUUUCCAUUUCUGUCUCACCCAAGCGCGGUUUUCGCCGCGGGAUUGUCGCCAUGGCCGCACCUGGCUCGCUCCAAAAGUCCGAGGAAGAGUGGCGCGCAAUUCUCUCGCCUCAACAGUUUCGGAUUCUCAGGCAAAAGGGCACCGAGUUUCCUGGAACAGGAGAGUAUGACAAGUUUUUUAGCGAGGGAGUUUACAACUGUGCUGGUUGUGGAACGCCUCUCUACAGGUCCAUAACAAAAUUCAAUUCUGGUUGUGGCUGGCCAGCCUUCUAUGAGGGUCUUCCUGGAGCCAUAAAUCGCAAUCCGGACCCUGAUGGGAUGAGGACAGAAAUAACGUGUGCUGCUUGUGGAGGACACCUAGGUCACGUAUUUAAAGGUGAAGGAUUUCCAACACCCACUAACGAACGUCAUUGUGUCAAUAGCAUUUCACUCAAAUUUGUGCCCGCCAAUUCUUCCUGAAAUUGAGUAUGCUGUUUGAAGAUGACUGCUUACGUACUUAACAUCCGUAAAUAAUUGUGUAAUGUACUUAUAUUGUGAAUGAAGUUCAUAAAAUGAUGCCUAAGUAACAAUGUUACUCUAUUAAAGAGUUGUACCUUAUAUUCCUGUGUUCAUCUCUUGAAUUGCAAUUGGCCUGGCGAUUUAUGAUCUUUAAUCCCA